AUGAGCACAGAUCUAGACCUGUCAUCCACCAGUCUCCCGUCUCGAUCGCCCUCGCCCUCCCCGAAUCUCCUCGCGACCCCUGACUCCUCUACACUCUUGUCCAAUCGAUCCUGCUCCGGCGUCUCGACCAUCUCGAGCCGGUCCUCGUACUCGAAUGGCUCCACUACUUCUCGAACCAGCACAAAUUCGCGUCGGCGUGGCUAUGUGCGUCCUCAAGGAGGAUCCUUUGCCGAAUCGGCCAAGAAUCGGGAGAGUGUCAUGAGCCUCGGUAGCAUUGCCCAUCUGCAAUACUAUUUUGCUCGAACAGGACUGUUGGAUGGUAAAGGAGGUCAAAUGGCAAAAAAGAAACAGAACGGAGAAUAUGACAUCCCAAAGCUCUCGUUAACUGCAAAUCAAGAGCUGGUUGAAUCUCCAAUUGAAGACGAAUCUCAGGCCAAUUGGGAUGCCAUUCAUGAGGAUGGCACAGAUAUGAUGUUGCCUCCGACCGUAUCAACGUACAGUCAUCGAUCGACACAUGUGGCCCCACCUCCGGAUCAGAAGACUAUGAAGAAAGAGCUGGUGGAAGCUUUAGAGAACGCAUUACAAGCUGUCGAGUCCUGCGAGGGUUCGGCGAAUGGAAAUCCUGAAGACCAAACACAAGGAUUCUACGAGAUUCAGGGUUUGCAUGUCCUUGAUACCACCACUCAAGCAAUUCGAGCCGCAAGACUUUAUUACACCUUACAUCCCAAUCCCCAGAGAUUGAACUCUAUAAGGUCCGACCAGGAAUUGCGGAGAGAUCUCUACUCUGUGCUGGAUGUACUGAAGAAAUGUGCCUCUCGAAACUUCGCGGGCGGUUUUCGUGAGGAUGAAAGACUUGCAGUGUUAGUUUGGGUAAGCGACGUCGGCAUGAUGAUCGACCAAGAAGCAAAAUUGGAGGAGGCGGACAGGACCGAAAGGAAGGACUGGCACUGGAUGGACGAUGCCAAGUGGAUCGAUCGAGAGCAAGAACGAGAUAUUAACUUCCUCAACUUCCUGCUUCACGGGACUGGUCAAAGCCCAUCCCCUGAGAAAGCCGAUGUCAACCCUGAGUUUUUCCGCAAUCUGGCCGAUGGCAGGGAUCUGGUGAAGAUGCAUAACGCCGCAGUCAAACGAUCCAAGAGGCAAUUCGACUUUAUUAAGUCCUUUCACGAAGACGUGGCGAAACCGUACAGGCGUGCUGACAACCUUCGAUAUUGGCUAAAGGCUGCGGAGCUGAGAUGGGAGCUCAAGCUUCAGCUGGAUGUGAUGGCUGUUGCAAAUCAGGUCGGCGACAGCACCGUUUGGUCGUCUUUUGAGGACGUUAUUCGACAAUGGAGCCGAGGAGUCCGGGCCGAGCUUGCCAAAGAUUGGAACGGGGACGAAGAACGCAAACUCCAUGCGCGGGCAAGAAGCCUGGCGAUGGCGAGUCCCUUGUCGAGCCCUUCCAGAAAGAACUCUCCCGCACCACCUCUUCCAAGUCCCUUGAAAACAGUGAUUGUACCAAGUCCUCUGGGGAGCCCGUCGAAAGACUCUGCAGCAUCCGAUGAUCCAGAAAGUCCGACUCCGAAGCCGAUGUCCUUGAUUUGCGGUGAAAGAGUCUAA